AUGGCUAACCUAGUUAUGGUGGGGUGGGGGAGUUGUCUCAAGAACUGCGUGAAGUUUGAAAAGUUGAUGUUUCCGGGUAUCUCGGGGAUCCCAGAUUAUAUAUGCAAGGGGGGCAUGUAUGUACUUGUAGGUACUGGAUUAAAAUCAGUUGAGAGUUUGGCUUGGGCGCUUGAGUUGGCAAAAGAUUCUGCAUAA